GGACUGACAAGAAUGGAUUGAGGGACAUUGAGAAUGGAGCGGAGCGACUGCUACGGGUUCUAAAUGCAGUGAAAAACUUAAAUCAUGCCACAGAUUUUCCUAUUUGCCCGCCAACAGGAAUUUUUCUCAAUGACGUGGUGGGCGUUUAUAUUGAAGACCAUACUUGUUUCUAUGCAGAAAAUAUGAUGCCUCACAAAGUCGCAUUCGUCGACUUGCUAGACUUUGCCAAGCCUAAGUCUAAGGCUCCUAACUCCUUCAUGAUAUAUCGAAGACAAUUCGUAAAAGCAGCCAAAGAUCAAGGUCUUAAUCGUCGAGAAUCCAUAUGCCUGAAAGAACUUAAUUAA